CCCUCCGGGACCCGCCGCCCACCCGCCUGUCUGUGGCCCUGCGAGGCUCGGCCGGCUGGGCCCGGCGAGGGGAGGGGGGCGUGGGAGUAACUGCCGCGGCCUGGGCCCAGCCCGGCCCGGGUUCGGCGCGGCUCCGGCUUGGGCUCAUCGUGCGCUCCCUCCCCUGUCACAGACCCUCAGGCCAACGAGGCCAUGGAACUGCCGGUCAAAAAGAUGAGGCACCUGAAGAGUCUCGGUCUCUGGACUUUCCCUGAAUUAUGAAAGCCCAACGCUUUACCCUACCAAGUAGAAGCUGCUCCUUAGGAUAUUUCUAAGGCUCUUGGUUCUUCCUGGACCUCAGAGGCUCGUGGUGGCCUGUCGGUGACUGCUGAGUGGCCAGGUGGUUGGUUAGGCUUAUGGAGAGACGAAACAGCCUGUCUUCUUCCUCGCUUGACUCUGAGACCCCAUCGUUCUCCUCACGCUCUGCCAGCGUGAGCGGUACCAGUUCUGUGGGUCGCUCGCCCCUCCGGCAGCGAGUGGUGCAGCUUCUGACCUGUGUGGAGGACAUCAGCUCAGAUGAGGACAUUCAGGAAGAGAUGGCUCACACGCUGGAUAAGGCUUUCCUGCUGUGGGAGAAAAAGCUGAAGGAGAAAUAUCUUCAACUUAGGUUGCACGUCAUAACCUGGAACGUGGCAUGUGCAUCGCCUCCCACCGACAUCACUGACUUGCUUCUGCUUGACAACCAGUCUUCGACCCCAGACAUAUAUGUCAUUGGUUUACAGGAAGUAAAGUGUGGCCUCAUCAAUUACCUUUCUGAGCUGGCGUUUGAAGAUCCAUGGAGCAAGCUCUUCAUGGACAUUCUUUCCCCCCUGAGUUAUAUCAAGGUGUCUUCCAUCAGGAUGCAGGGACUCCUCCUACUGGUCUUGGUUAAGCGCCAGCACGUGCCCUUCAUUUCUGGCAUCUACACCAACUACACCCGUACUGGCCUCGGUGGCUUCUGGGGGAACAAAGGGGGAGUCGCCAUCUGCUUCCGGUUAUAUGGCUAUGCUAUCUGCCUCCUCAAUUGUCACCUGCCAGCCCACGUUUCUAAUGUUGACCAGCGGCUCAACGACUUCGACAGGAUCCUGGAGAUGCAGAACUUUGAGAAGGAAGACAUCCCCAAUAUCCUGGACCAUGACCUCCUCGUGUGGUUCGGUGACCUAAACUUUCGCAUUGAGGAUUACGGGUUGUGUUUCGUCCAGGAAUCCAUCAACAAUAAGCACUACAGCGUCCUCUGGAAGAAAGAUCAGCUCAACAUGAUCAAGAAGACAGAUUCACUGCUCCAGCAGUUCCAGGAGGGUCCCCUGCUCUUCCAACCAACCUAUAAAUUUGACAUCAACUCAGAAAAUUAUGAUUCCAGUGAGAAAAGACGAAAACCAGCGUGGACCGACCGCAUCCUUUGGAGGCUGAAGCAGGAGCCUUUCGAUAACUCUGAUGAGCCUGGGGAAUGUGAGACCUUCUUCUCUCUGAUAUUGAAAAGUUAUAAAAGCCAUAUGAAAUAUAAAAUCAGUGACCACAAACCAGUCACCGCAACCUUUGAGCUAGAGCUGAAGUCCCAACAAUUAACGACACCGAUCACUUUGAUUCCUGAGAGUCAGUGGAUCACGCCUUAUGAUUUGGUGAUCAGCUACAUCCAGAGCCCUGACUUCAGCAGCAGCCCCUGGGAUUGGAUUGGUCUCCACAAGGUCGUGAUACGCCACUUGAAGGACUACGUGACCUAUGCCUGGGUCAAAGACAACUUGGUCUCCUCAAAUGAAGGGCUUAACAAGGUUUAUAUCAAUGCCAGCAGUUUCGCAGAGGAAGGGGGAGAGUUUCUUCUCAGUUACUAUAGUAAUGACCUUCAGGCUGUAGUGGGGCUGAGUGAACCCUUUCAGAUCCCUAGAAAUGACAUGACUCCAGAAGACUGGAGAGAAAAGAAUGGAGAUCCACUGAUGUAUUGAGCCAGGGUGAAUGCCUAAAUGGGGGGUCACAGCUCCCCGGGAUGGCUGCUGCUUGUGUGUCCAGUUUUCUCAAGGGCAGCCCCUGCAGAGCCGUCCACCUCUCCUAAUCACCUCCUGGUUCCUCAUUCAGGACUGGGAUUAGGUUUCAGUUCCCAGGAUAUAGAUGAAGCCAGCUGCUCCACCUGCAGCGGAUUCUCAAGAAUGAUCAACUGAGUGAUGGGGGAUUCUUCGAUGCUCCCCACUUCCUCUGCUUCCUCCCCGGGUCUCCUCCUCCCACCCUCUUGCCCUGCCCCAUUACCUAGGGAGGGCCGAUUGCCUUCGAAAUGUCCUCGGUGGGGCUGCUACCACAUGCCCCAACUGGCUCCUGCCCCACAUUCCUGUGAUUCCAUCUCCAGGGCUCUGGCUGGCAGGGAUGGGCAGCCAGAGCUGUACGGGGUCCUCUGACCAGCUGGCAGCAGGCCCCCAAGUUUUAGGAGGAAUCUUGGCAGAUCGUAUCCCUCUGUGGCAGGGCAGGGGUGACAUAGUGAUGGCCGUGUCCUAAUGUGCCCUUGCAGCAUGGAGAAUUAGGCCUAUAGCGUCGAUAGAGUAGCACAUUGCUAACUGUCUCAUCAAGAGGGUCCUGGAUCAGGAAGCCCUUUGGCAAUAAGGUGCAGUCUCGGGUCAUGGGGUGGGGGGCAUUCAGUCAGUUCUGAUGCCUCCUGAUCUUGGCUGUGAGGCAGCUGUGGCUCCAACCUUCCCUCUGGGCAGAGUCACGGGAACGGAAGGAGCUGGCCCUGAGCCUCCUCAUCUCGCCGCCUUUCAGUUUUUCUGGGAUAGUCCGACCCCCUAACAAUUAGGUCCUUACAAGCCAACUCACUUAGCAUCAUUGAACUAUGAGAUACCGGCCCACAGGAAGCAACACUGGGACCCCUCUGCAUGGACUGAGCAAGCUGAUAGUUAAGGCCAUCUGGGGAUCUUUAAAAAACAUUCCUCUCUAGGUACUAUCAUGAAACUUUUGAGUCAUUCAACACCCCCAGCCUCUGGGGGUCACUGGCAACUCUGCCUUAGUCUCCUAGGAAAGACCAUCUCAGGGAGCCCACUCUGGGACAUCACUGCGGUUCUCUCCUCCCUCCUACCCAGAGUCCCCCGGAGGGGGUCGAUUCAGUGACCACAGAGCCCCUUCUCCGCAGAGAAGCUCGCCGAGGGGGGCUCCAGGCUUGUGGCUGCUUGACAUUUCCCCUUUGGAAGUCUCGGAUGUCUCCCUUCGCUUCUGCUGUUUCUGCCCCGGCUCCCCAGCCCAGCGACCUGACACUGGGUAUCUGUGUCUGUUAUAUUUGAGAAUAGAGAUAUGGCUUUUA